GCCCACCCAGCCCAAUCCCUUACAACUGCCCCAGGAGAGCUCCUGGGCAGCCGCUGCAAGUCAGGCGGCCAUCAGGUUGCCCCUCUCUGCUCCAGCUAGAAAGACUUGAGUUAGACAAGCAGAAGCACACGCCUCCCUGCCUCAUGGCGACAGAAAACGGAGCAGUGGAGCUGGGAAUCCAGAGCCCAUCAACAGAUGAGGCACCUAAAGGUACAGCAGGUGAAGGACCUCUGGCUGCAGAGAAAGCGUCUGGUCCACCAGAUCCAAAGAAAGGUCCUGGGACCCCAGAUGCAAAGAAAGAACCUGGGACCCCACAUCCAAAGAAAGAGCCUGAUCCACGCACCCUGAAGAAAGAUGACAAAGCUGACGCCCUAAAGGAAGAGGAUGGUGCCCUGGCCCAACCCUCCACCGGCAGCGAGGGCCCCAAGGGAGAAGGCGACCUGGGUGGGGGCCCUGCGGAGGGUAGUGCUGGGCAGCCAGCAGCCCUGCCCCAGCCGACCGCGACAGCCGAGGCCAGCGUCAAGAAGCCCGAUGCCAAGCAGGAGGCCUCGGGCAGCCAGGGCCCCGGAGAGCCCAAGGUUCACAAGAAGGCAGCGGAGGGCCAAGCAGCGGUCAGGAGGGGCUCGCCCGCCUUUCUGCACAGCCCCAGCUGCCCUGCCAUUAUCUCUAGGCCUGAGAGGCUGCCAGCUGAGAAAACUCUGAGUGAGGCAUCGGAGCUCAUCUUUGAAGGGGUGCCUGUGACCCCCAGCCCCACGGAUCCCGGGCCAGCCAAGGCAGCAGAAGGAGGGAAGAACAUCCUGGCAGACAGCCAGAAGGAAGCAGGAGAGAAGGCUGCAGGCCAGGCUGGCCAGGCCAAGGUGCAAGGGGACACCUCGAGGGGGAUCGAGUUCCAGGCUGUUCCCUCGGAGAAAUCGGAGGUGGGGCAGGCCCUCUGUCUCACAGCCAGGGAGGAGGACUGCUUCCAGAUUUUGGAUGAUUGUCCGCCACCCCCAGCCCCCUUUCCCCACCGCAUCGUGGAGCUGAGGCCCGGGAACGUCAGCAGUCAAUUCAGCAUGAACUCCAAGGAGGCACUGGGCGGUGGUAAGUUUGGAGCAGUCUGUACGUGCACAGAGAAAGCCACAGGCCUCAAGUUGGCAGCCAAAGUCAUCAAGAAACAGACACCCAAAGACAAGGAAAUGGUGAAGCUUGAGAUCGAGGUGAUGAACCAACUGAACCACCGCAACCUGAUCCAGCUCUACGCGGCCAUCGAGACCUCGCACGAGAUAGUCCUGUUCAUGGAGUACAUCGAGGGCGGCGAGCUCUUCGAGAGGAUUGUGGAUGAGGACUAUCAGCUGACUGAGGUGGACACCAUGGUGUUUGUCAGGCAGAUCUGUGACGGGAUCCUCUUCAUGCACAAGAUGCGGGUUCUGCACCUGGACCUCAAGGUACUGGGGCCCGGGCCUCCCGGGAGGGCUCGGGAGCAGAAGCUGACCCCCUGAAACCAGGGUUGCAACCAGCCAGCCCUCCCCCGUCCCAUCCGUCCUAGUCUCCCUCCCUCCAUCCUUCUAGCUGUAGAUCCCAAAGGUUUAUUGAGGCUUUCCUAGGUACCAGGAGCCAGGGAUCCAACGGAGAGCAAACAAGACUUAGUCCCAGCUCUCAGGGGCUUCUACUGUAGUAGUACUAAGCACACAGCCUUUGUCCCGCGAGCCCCAACCAAGCUCAGCGUCUCACGCAUAGAACUUGCUAGGCGUUGCUGAAGUGUCCGCCUCGGUGCCGGCCCCUCAUGGGGGGGUUCGUUUGUUCAUGUAUCCUGCAAGUAUCCGUCGAGAGCCUGCUCUGUGGCAGGCAGGGUUCUAGGUGGUGGAGACCCAGCAGGGAACGAAGUAGACAAAGAUGCCUGCCCUCGUGGAACUUAGGUUCUAGAAGGGGAGUCAGGAAAACACAUCCGUGAGGUAUAGCCUCAGCGCAGCAACAUACCCGUGCUAGGCACUAGCGAAAAUGUUCGUGAGAGAAUAUUUGUGUCUCCCCUCCGACCUUGCUCAGUGCCUUGCGCGGAGGGGUCAGGGAGAGCCAGCAGGCGUGAUGCAUUCAGCCGGCAUGGCCGGAACAGCCACGGGCUGCUGUAGGCGGGAACA